AUGUCGAGUCACGGGCCCAGAAUGGAUGUCAAGGUCCUGUAUACCUUGGACUCAAGUCCAAAUCACACCAUGGUGGCGCGACUCGGACGAUCCAUCCCUGUCGAAGUCAUCAUCCCCAACAUGACCCCUCCUUCGCCACUCGAUCCUUCGGGUAGCAAUUACCACCACUCGCCGCCGCGUCAGGUACGCUUCGGCCGCAUUGCACUCAAGACCUGCCUCGGCGCCGUCUGCAUGGCCAGUCCAGAACUGUUGCCGGAUGACAAGAGGGACUACAUCAUCUACGCUGUGGAUCCAGAGGAAACUAUGCGCGCCAACCAACUUUCGUCUCCUAACUCUCGCGCGAACGCCUCUUCCACUCGCUCCUCCUCCUCCUCAACGUCGUCGCGAGAGCGGAUUGAUGCCAGCACCAGCAAGCCCAUCUCCAGUCCACCACGCCCAAAGGAUGCUGCAACCUCUAUCCUCGUAGGCAAAGGCUUUUUCAACUGGGCAUUGGACGAAGACGGCGAAGGUGAGACUACCGUCACCGGUCGCGUCCGGUCCGAUGGCAGGCGCUUGCGCUACGAGAACGGCCGCGAGUACGAGGAGGAUAUCAACGUCCUCGAGGUCGUCAUCAAGCUCAAAGAGUCGCAGGCGAGAAGCAAGGACAAAUACUUCAACCUCGUUCGCGGCUUCUCGUCUGGCUCGAGUUUCAGCGCUAGCUCCACCACCAGCUCCAGCUCUUCCUCUCACAAUCGCCCCGCUCACCGUUCCCCACUACAAGACGACGUCUUUUCACCAGCACAGCGCUUCCGAUCAUCGCGGCACAUCGAAAGCGACUCCCAUCUGUCUUUGCAAUCUGAACCCGACUAUCAGACCUCCUCUUCCUCUUCCUACGGUGCCAUGGAGCGUCAGAUCCGCAGGCCUGCCGCGCGUCCUUCACCUCGUUCCAAGCCCGCACCAGAAAAGCCUCUCGAUCGCACGGUUUCUCCCCAGAUUGCGAACCAGUCUCUGGUUCCUUCACCGAGCCUCCCAGCGCUGGCCUCCUUCUCGACUGCAGCAUCGCCUCCAGCCACAUCAGCAGCCUCUCCGAGUUCUGCACUCUCUUCAUCGGCCUCGAAUCCGUCGACGGUCCAGCUUCUAACGAUCCUGCACAGCCUACAACAAAGAUCCUCCAAGUCGGCACCAGAACCAGCGCAGAAAGCGCAGCUCGAAAGCCUUCUGCAGCAAGUCGCCCAGGUCUUUGGCAACGCGUCCACCUCUUCGCCAGCUGCCGAACCAGCAGCAGCAGCAUCGGCAGCAGCAGCAGCAUCGGCAGCAACGACAGCAUCGGCAGGCCGCGCUUCAAUCUCUCCAAUUCUUUCUACGCGGCCCUUGGACAGCAUCCCUGUACCCAAUUCUCGAUCACCCGUACCGCCGUCCGAAUCGAACUUUCCCGGCAAAGAGAACCGCCUCACCUCUGAUACCUCGAAAGACUCGCCACAUACGUCAUUCUCCGACUCGCGACGUCAGUCGGCUACGUCUCCGUCCUUUGAUGAGCGGGAGGCUACCAGUCCUUCCUUCCAGCAGCGCAAGGAGUCGUCGGAUUCCGCAGACCGCAUCUGCUACAAUUGCGGAACUGAUGUGCCCACCACUUGGCGAAUUCUCAAGCUUCCUGCAGGCAGCACCGUCAACAACCCAUCCGCCGAGAAGGGCGCCGGAGGUGACGGUAGCAACGACGAUUCAGCCGAGCCAGGAUGGAGACCCCGCUAUGCAGGCAACGAAGGUCCCAUCGAGACAGAUAGCGAAACCAGAUGGUCGGCCUGCAAUCCAUGCGGUCUCUACUAUCUCAAGUGGAACAACUCACGUCCAGAAUAUGUCUGGAGAAAAGAGCACGCCACCCAGGCAUACCGCGAGCGAAAGGCUCAGGCGGAAGCCGCAAAGCGAAGGCGUGACAAUGGCGACCAAGCCGGGCCUAGCAAACGACCGAAGAUUGCCCAGUCAGACGUCGAUGCAGCGUCGCCUCGCACUGUUGACACUCCCAGGAAUGGCAACACAAGCCGAGCAUCGUUCGCCGACGGCGUUGCCUCGGAUGAGUCCAUAGUUUCACCCAAUUACGAUGCUGCAACACCCGUUUCCAGCUCCGGGCGCAAGUCAAGCAUGCCACGCACGCUCAGCGAGGCGUGUCAUCGCGAUGCGGAAAAGCUCGAAUCCCAGCGCAGCAGCAAGAAGAAGGACAAGGAGAAACCCUUGUGCAAGAAGCAAGCUGAUCGCGAGUAUGUGCUCGACCCCAGCACGGGCAAAUGGCGCAGCAGAAGGAGUAUGCGCGAGAAUCCACAAGGAAAGCGACCCGGCCGUCCAAAGGGAUCCGUCAAGGUGCCACAGAAUGGCAAGCCAAUGUCGAAAUCAUCGCCGAUCCCCGGUGGCAAGGAUGACAAGGACACCUCGACGCCGACACAUCAGUACUCGAACGCAUCCUCGUCGAAGGGUGCUUCAGCGUCGGGCUCGUUCAAACAAUGCGGCGACAACAUCGCGAAGCCGCAUGCGUCGGAGCACGGACAGGCUUCUGCUUCCAGUCACAUCCAGCAGGACCUCGAAUUCCGCGCACCCAUGCCACCUCAGCUGGGUCGACAGAUGUCUUCGUCACGCACGGUCAACUUUGCCCAAUCGAGUCCCGUUCGUCCUUCGAUGAACGCCAGCUCGAUGCAAGCCGACGCCAUUAACGCAUUGCAUCACUUUGGAUCAGCUAUGCUCGCCAGUCCUUCUCGCGAUGUUCGAUUCCGAGUGCCAAGCUACUUGAUGAACUCGAGCCCUGGCACCAUGCUGGACACGCUCAUGAGCGAGGCAGACUUUGAUUUCGAGGAACUCGGACCUCUGGGACCACUGCAGACGCCUGGCACCUUGCUGGGCAACAUGGGCCGCAACGGCCAGCACACUCCACAACGCCUUCGAAGGAGUCCUCGCAAGAAUCCGCACGGCACCAUCUCUGGCCAGAAUCCCUAUGCGUCGCCCUCUGCCAAGCGGUCUGGCAGCCCUUCUCUUGGACGCGACAUCCGCACGGGCCGUGGCUUGGUUGACUCCAACGACUCGCCCAGCGGCCGAUCCGCUGCUGCGUCGUCCUCGAACAACGUCAGUCCUGUGACGCGCAGUCGCACACGCUCGGGCCAGAACGUGUUGCAUCCCGCCCUGUUUUCGUCGAGCGAUGGACCGGCCAACGGCAACGACAAAACGAGCAGCAACGUCACUUCGCCUGCAUCGCCCUUUGAAAAGGUCACUUCCACCAAAACCGUGCGUGGCGCGGCCAAGAUCAAGUCCAACACCACUUCUGCGCACAACGGUGGCAAAUCGCACGUAUCCUCAAAGCAGAGUCAGGUGGAAGCGAGUGCACGACGUGAUCGAUCUGCUGAGCUAGAGGCGGACGAGGAAGACAACGAGCCCGGGGCCCAGUUCGUGAAAGGACCAUACCGCAAAACAGGCUCCACCAGUCGAGAAGGAUCCGCUGGUUUGCCGUCGUGCCCUGCCUCGCCCAGUUUGGGCCGUGCCGCUCGCAAGCUGGCACGCAACCUCAGCAGCGCCAGCACGCAGUCUCUCCUGCAAAAUGGACCCGCCAAACUCGCGCAGCUCGACUUGCCGCCUAGCAGCCCCAUGUUUGACCAUCCUACGAGCCGAAGUUCGACCAGCACGAUCGAGGUGGACGGCUGGGGAAGGACUCCUAGCAUGCGAGAGAUUUUCCCGACACCGAGCGAUCUUGACUGGCCAAGUGACGCUUCGCCUGCCGCUUCUCAGUCACCGGUCAAGGAUGAGGGUGCCCUCAGCAACGACAAAGCAGAACCACUGGCUUCAACCGUAGCGGCGAAAGAGGUGACGGUGCCUGUACCUCAAGCUCUACAGACGGCGAUUGUCCGCCGAAGGCCGUUGCCAGCGACGGUGGAAGAUGGGUCUUCAUCGGUUUCUGGAUCGUCUCCUGCUUUGUCAGAUGACUCGCCGGAGGCGUCCAACGGUAAUCUGUUUGAUUUGCUCGAAGAUCCGUAUGGCAUUCUUGCUGCUUCUGGAUUUGGCAUCGACGCUGACGGAGCGCUCACCUCGUUGGAGAUCCCGGUCAACCCUGCACAGACGAGCAGCAGCAGCAACAACCACCAGAUGACGCCAACGUCGACGGCAGCACAGGCGGCACUACAGCCAGCAAUCACGGCGGACAACUUCAAAGAGAUCCAGCUGCACCAGGCAAAAGAGUUCGGCACGCACUUGAGCGAAUUUGGCUCCUCUGGCGGGGUGGGGAUUGCAGCGCACGUUGCAGGACACAGCGGGACGGCUGCUGCGGUUCAAAUCGCUAACGGUGCUUCUUCCUCUGGCGCCAGUGGCGCAUCAAACAGCGGAACGGUGGAAGGACUGGACGCGAGCUUCUUGGCCAGCCUUCCACCGGAGCUGUCCAGCAUCUUUGCAUCGCCGAAAAAACCCAUCCCUCCGCAGAUCAUCGAGAUCCUCGCGAGUCCGAGGAAACCGCGAACGAGAACUUCGUCUUCCCUUUCGCCGACUAAGGGCGGCGCGGAGCUGGUCAACUACGCACCGGGCACAGAGGGGCAGAUCAGCACGGGUGACGAUCAGCAGGACUUCUCGGCGCUGUUUAGCAAUCCGGACAUUCAGGCGCUCUUGGCCGAGUUUGAGGCGAGUGCGUGA